CAAAUAUCAAGCCCAUGGGACUUGUCUUAGACUUCCCUAAACUUUUACCCUCCAAUAAUUACAAAAACGCCACUCCUCUCUCUCCCGCCGGAGCUCCUCGGAAUCUGAGAUGGACGCAGGAGGAGGAUUAGUGUCUUCGGCGAAGUCCAUACUGGAGAAGCCUCUGAAGCUCCUCACGGAAGAUGACAUUUCUCAGCUCACCCGCGAGGAUUGCCGCAAGUUCCUCAAGGACAAAGGAAUGCGGAGGCCUUCUUGGAACAAAUCUCAGGCGAUCCAGCAAGUUUUAUCCCUCAAAGCUCUCUUUGAGCCCGGCGACGACUCCGGCGCCGGCAUCCUCCGCAAGAUCCUCGUUUCUCCGAAUCCCACUCGCGUCACAGCAACCUCUGCUGAGCCAGCGAGCGAAGUCGGAGCACGGAUUCCUUUUCAGGAAGAUGACAGAAGAGAUUCUCCAAGAUCGGCUGAGUUCUCCGGCUCCGAGAAAGACAGCUACAACACUAUCUCUCCCAGAAGCCCAGCAGAAACAAGUGCGCUGGUUGGGCAAAUGACGAUAUUCUAUAGUGGGAAAGUGAGUGUGUAUGAUGGUGUACCACCUGAAAAGGCGCGGUCUAUCAUGCACUUUGCAGCCAAUCCGAUUGAUUUGCCUGAAUAUGGUGUUUCUGCUUCUGCUAGAAUGACAUCCAGGCCCAUGAGCAGUAAAGAGAAGAUGGUUGAACCUCCCCACUAUGGCCUUGAAAAGGCAAAUGCUUCUCGUGAUUCUGAUGCGGAGGGCCAGGCUAACAGAAAAGUGUCGUUGCAAAGAUAUCUUGACAAGCGGAAGGAUAGGAGAUUGUUUAAGAACAAAAAGGCACCAGGAGUUGCAUCAUCUAGCUUGGAGAUGUAUCUAAAUCGUAGUCAGCCAGUGACAAACGCAUAUUCACAAAGCCUUAGCGGUGGUGGCACUGGAGGAGAACAGCACGAGUCACCUGAAAAUCAGAGAAGAAGUCCCAAUCUAUCUGUUGAUCUGAACAGUGAUUUAAAUAGCGAAGAUAACUAACAAGAUGGCCAAAAACUGGGGAUGGUAUUAGGGGUCGAACAAGAACAGUUAAAAAGAAGGCAAGGAAUGUUCUCUAGUUCAGAAACAUGGCACAAGAAGGUUGAGCUGGAGGAGUCUUAAUCGAUCAAUUUUCUGUUUUUUUUUUUUUUUUUUGUAUUAAUCUUUUAUUAGGUAUGUAGUGCUGAGUUAGGUUAGUGACGGAAAUGUUCUUUGGUUCAUCAGUUGGAGAGAGUAUGAGAACGGCGGGGAUUUUUCGCUGUUCAAAUUAUGUAAAUGAUGUCUUUUUAUGACA